AGAAAAUUGAAAUGUCUGCUUUGACCAAUCUCACGGCCGUUCUGGUCCUUUAUUCUCUUUCUGAACGGGCGAUCCUCUCGUGAAGACUUCCUUUGUUGUUUCACGCUUGAUGGUAAAACAAUAGGAUUCAGUAAUGAAUUCGUUGUGGUCAGAAAUCCAAUGUUAAUUUUGCGCUAGACGAGUAACUGGUACAUGCGUGCGGUUCUAAUUACAGUCUCAUCGAGGCUACAUUGCUUAUGCUGUUCCGUGCAGUCAUUGAUUGCUAGACUUCCUGAAUAGUCAAGACUGCAACGAAUAAUACACUGGUUUGAGAUAUGGAACAGUAGUACCUUUGGUGUAGACAUCUCACGAAUACCAAACAUGGAAUUGUAUCUUGUUUCUUAAGUUACGUUUCUUUUCUUUAUUUCGAAAAAGACUCAACUUUCACAUUUAUACUCCUUCCCUGUCUCUUUCAGCUAGAUUGUGACACAUAUUAACAUUGCUACAUCAUUGACCAGAGAAAAUGAUCUAUGACAGGACCAGAAAGAGAGGGAGUAACAAGCCUGGAAAGGGGAAAUUUCGAAAUUCGGAGUCAUGUGUACUAUAUCACACGAUUGUGUCUCUGACACUAGAGAUCGACUGUUGUCCCGACACCAGUGCUAUGAAUAUCCGAUGCUUUUUACAGACUACCUACGCGAUCAGGCUCAUUUCUAUUGUCCACACGUUGAAAGCGGUCAAGAAAAUUCCUCCAACCUGAAAGCGACGGACAUUGAGCAAAUUGUCGAUUGAACGGAAGCCCACGGAAGCUUGCUGCGAUGCGAACUUAGUUGACGCACUCAUCGGCAUUUCUGAGACGUUUUUGGGUCAGGAAGCCCUAUCAAGCUAAAUGGAAACUUUCAGAAGCUUUACCGGAGACAAAGCAGAAGUUGCGAGGUCAUCGAAGGAGAGGUGGACGUCCGUGCGUUCCUAGAUGAAGGACCUCUAGCGACGUUAAGAAUAAUCAUGGCAGAACUCAAUUCCCCGAUUAUAAUUCACCGUAAACGCACACCAUCUGAAAUGUUUCAGGCGGUGGUGGACUAUAAGAUCUCGACAUCCAAUGGUGAGAAAGCACUGGUCGAGGCUAUCAGUCCAUGUGUUUUUGAGGAAGGUGAGAGGGAGGAAGUACCUCAAGUUAAACGUGCCAAGCUUUAGGAUAAACUUGGAUCAGCCGACAGAACCGAAUGAACAGAAAGUGAUGCAUAAGAGUCGCGGUGUAGGCGUGGUGCCGUUCCUCACUUACUCGGCCGUCGAACAGCGAGAAUAAUACCAGACCAUUCCGUGCAUUAUUGGGGGUGAUGCUAGCCGUUGUAAUGAAUAUCAAUGCUUCAUCCAACGUUGGCAUGUAGGCUCGGCUUGUUGAAGUCCCAGAGGAUGAAGAGCCUGCACCACUCGUUCAAGAUACCUCGUGUCUACAGUCUAGGACGGCAAUCCAUUAGUGCAGCACUCAACUAUAUGAAUGCAAUUGUUCACAAAAAUGAACGUGUAAUACCA